AUGUCUGCUGCUACAGAGACUAAAGGUCUUGUGUUAGAAAACACAGCCCGUAGAGAUGCUUUAAUCGCUAUCGAGAAGAAAUACCAAAAGAUUUGGGCUGAGGAACAUCAGUUCGAGAUCGACGCUCCUACUUUGGAUGAAGAAAAUGUUUCUGUCGAUCCUGAAGAAUUGCAAAAGAAGUAUCCAAAAUUCAUGUCUUCAUUUGCAUACCCAUAUAUGAACGGUGUCUUACACGCUGGUCACUGUUUCACCUUAUCCAAGGUUGAAUUCUCUAUUGGUUUCGAAAGAAUGAACGGUAAGAGGGCCCUUUUCCCAAUCGGUUUCCACUGUACUGGUAUGCCAAUCCUUGCUUGUGCUGACAAGUUGAAAAGAGAAGCUGAACUGUUUGGCAAUGACUAUUCCAAUGUUCCAGCUGAAGAUGCGGAAGAAGAACAAGAAGCCAAACCAGCUGCACAAUCCGACGAUGUUACCAAGUUCAAGGCUAAGAAGUCAAAGGCCGCUGCUAAGCAAGGUCGUGGUAAAUAUCAAUUCGAAAUCAUGUUGCAGUUAGGAAUUGCCAGAGAAGAUGUCAUCAAAUUUGCCGAUGCCAGCUAUUGGUUAACUUACUUCCCACCUCUAACUGAAACCGAUUGUACAUCGUUCGGUGCCCGUAUUGAUUGGAGAAGAUCUUUCAUCACUACCGACCUGAAUCCAUAUUACGAUCAAUUUAUUAAAUGGCAAAUGAAGAAACUAAAAGAUCUUGGAAAAAUCAAGUUCGGUGAACGUUACACCAUCUAUUCGGAAAAGGAUGGCCAACCAUGUAUGGAUCACGAUAGACAAUCCGGUGAAGCAGUUACUCCGCAAGAAUAUCUAGGUAUCAAGAUCGAAGUAACUGAAUUUGCUGAGGAGGCUAAGAAGAUUGUUGCUGAAUCCACUUUGGACCAUUCCAAGAAGAUUUACUUCGUUGCUGCUACCUUGAGGCCAGAAACCAUGUACGGUCAAACUUGUUGUUUCGUCUCUCCAACCAUUAACUACGGUAUUUUCGACGCUGGCGAUUGUUAUUACAUCACCACUGAGCGUGCCUUUAAGAACAUGUCUUAUCAAAAGCUUACACCAGAGAGAGGUAACUACAAACCUGUAGUAUCCGUUUUGGGUAAACAUUUCGUCGGUUCUAAGAUUCAUGCUCCAUUGACACCAUACCCAGAAUUAAGAAUCUUACCGAUGGACACUGUCAUUGCCACCAAGGGUACCGGUGUUGUUACUUGUGUUCCAACCAACUCUCCAGAUGAUUACAUGACUACACAAGAUCUGAAACAUAAACCAGAAUAUUAUGGUAUCGACCCUGAAUGGAUCAACCAUGAAUUGGUUCCUGUUAUUCACACCGAUAGAUACGGUGAUUUAACCGCCAAGUCUUUGUGCGAGGAGCUAAAAAUAAAGUCUCCAAAAGAUACCAACCAGUUAGCAGAAGCCAAGAAAUUAGCAUACAAAGAAGAUUUCUAUUCUGGUGUUAUGAUCUAUGGUAAGUACAAGGGUGAAAAGGUCGAAACUGCCAAGGCCAAGGUUAAGAGCGAUAUGAUUGCCAACAACGAAGCCUUUGUCUAUAACGAACCAGAAUCUGUUGUCAUUUCUCGUUCUGGUGACGAAUGUAUCGUUUCUCUGGAAGAUCAAUGGUAUGUCGACUACGGUGAAGAAGAAUGGAAGAAACAAGCUAUUGAAUGUUUGGAAGGUAUGGAACUCUUUGCUCCUGAAGUUAAGAAUGCCUUCGAAAGUGUCUUAGAUUGGUUGAGAAACUGGGCUGUUUCUCGUAGUUACGGUCUAGGUACCAGAUUACCAUGGGAUCCAAAGUAUUUGGUUGAAUCUUUGUCUGACUCUACUAUCUACCAAUCCUUCUAUACCAUUGCGCAUUUAUUAUUCAAAGAUUACUACGGUAACGAAAUUGGUCCAUUGGGAAUCAAAGCAGAACAAAUGACAGAUGAAGUGUUUGACUAUGUCUUCCAACACGUCGAUGAAGUGAAAAACACUGAUAUCCCAUUAGAAUCUUUGCAAAAAUUGAGAAGAGAGUUCGAAUACUUCUACCCAUUGGAUGUUUCCAUUUCUGGUAAGGAUUUGAUUCCAAACCACUUGACCUUCUUUAUCUACACUCACGUUGCAUUGUUCCCAAGAAAGUUCUGGCCAAAGGGUAUCAGAGUCAACGGUCAUUUGAUGUUGAACAAUGCUAAGAUGUCCAAGUCUACAGGUAACUUCAUGACUUUGCACGACAUGGUGACGAAAUUCGGUGCCGAUGCUUCCCGUAUUGCUCUUGCUGAUGCAGGUGACACUGUUGAAGAUGCCAACUUGGAUGAAUCUAAUGCUAAUGCUGCUAUUCUAAGACUCUAUAACUUGAAAGAAUGGGCCGAAGAAAUGGUCAAGGACAUUGGGAAUUUGCGUACCGACUCAGAGUAUGGAUUCUUUGACAUCGCGUUCGAAAAUGAAAUGAAUUCAUUGAUCGAACAAACUUACAAGCAAUACGCUGCCACCAAUUAUAAAAGUGCUAUGAAGUACGGUUUGUUCGAUUAUCAAGCUGCUAGAGAUUACUAUCGUGAGGCAUCUGAUGUCAUGCACCGUGAUCUAGUGCUACGUUACAUUGAAACACAAGUAUUGUUGCUAGCACCAGUAGCACCACAUUUCGCUGACUACAUUUACCGUGAAGUCUUAAAGAAAGAAGGUUCCGUACAGAACGCUAAGUUCCCAACUGUCAACAAACCUGUCGACAUCGGUAUCUCUGUAUCUCUAGAAUACGUUAGAGAUCUACAAAGAUCUAUCAGAGAAGCAGAGGGCCAAGCUUUGAAAAAGAAGAAGGGUAAGGGUUCUGACGUUGAUGCUUCAAAGCCAGCUAAGUUGACCUUGUACAUUAUUGAGACUUUCCCAGAAUGGCAAACUAAGUACAUCGAUUUGGUGCGUGAAUUAUUCGAAAACCAAACUUUGGACGACAACAAGGUUGUCAAGACUAAGGUCGAUCCAAAGGACAUGAAGCGUGCUAUGCCAUUCAUCUCCUUACUAAAACAAAGAUUAACCACUGAAUCACCAGAAUCUGUCUUCACAAGAGACUUACUAUUCAACGAAAUCGAAACUGUAAAGUCUACAUUCGAUAUUUUGAAGAAGUCUUCUCAAUCAAUCAAGAUUUCCGAAUACGAAAUUCUCUCGUUACCAUACGGCUCAGAAACCGCCAAGAACGUAUUUACUAAUGAAGAAGUUACGAUUCAAAAGAGCAAAGCCAUUGAAAACGCUAUUCCAGGUGAACCAGCUAUCUUGAUCAAGAACGUCGAAUAG